AUGGGAGACGACUGCACAUCCGACCCGAAGUCUCAAUACAAAAACUUCCUCACAGAAUGUCAAAUCCUUGCGAAUCUACGGUGUGAGAAUAUACGCGACAAGGAAUAUCGAAAAUGGCUCGAGCGACUUCGGGAGAUAUGUCAUUAUCGUAGGGAUAUUAAUAAACAUGUGGAUGAAGAUGAGGAGCUGGAUGAACUACUGGAUAGUUUGGCCUUUUUGUUGGUUAGGAAGCCUGAGGAGAGUGUGGCACUGGCUUUGGUGGGGUUGACGCGAGAUAAGAUUGAGAUUGUGGGGAAAGCUUGCGAUGAGGGACAGGGAUGGUUGGUGUCGGAUUCGGGGGGUCGAGAUGAAUGUCUAGACGAGUCGAUGCAGCGGCACGCUCAACGGAUUUUUGAGCUUGUUAAAGAGGAUACUACCUUGGCCCCUAGUGUUCCUAGGGAUCAAGAGAUCUUUGUCGAGCUUGUAAAGCUCCAAAUCGACUAUAGUAUCGACAAACUCUGGGAUCGGGUCUCACGACUUAAGAUUUUUAUUGAUAAAGUGGAAGGGUUUGAACUGCCGUCUUGGGUUUCGUUGGAGAAGCCUGAGAACGAAGAUAGGUUCUCUAUACCUCCCUUGCUUGAAAGAAUUGAAGAAAACCCGAGAAGAGAUAUCCAUGUUCAAUUAUGUGAGCAGUUUAAGUUGGAGAAUGGUUCGGUUUUGUUACCGCCAAUGGAAGAUAUGAAGGUUUUGGACCGGAGGAACUUCGAUGUUUGGACUAAGAUAUUCCUUCAUUUCUUUCGCAGGCUUCGAGAGGAAGUAGAAAGGCUGAAUAAGAAAAACUAUCAACUCGAUGAAGAGAAGCGGACUCGGAAUUUUGUUGCUUGCUAUGUGAGUGAGAUGGAAGGUUUGGUCAUGGAGUCGCAAUUGUUCAGACGUUGGGUGGAGGUAGUCAUUAGAACACUGAACGAACAAAAGAAGCGAUUGGAAGAGGAGGAAAAGAAGGCGAGGAAAAGUAUUUUGAUGGAACUGGAGCAAUCAGAAGCUACACAGGCGCCGUCAGAGGAUCCGGGAUUAAGAGGGAAUGCCGAAGCCGAGGCCCAGGUCGAAGGGUUAGACAAAUUACAGGGGGGUGAUGCUCUGGAAGCACAAAGCGGGAGUGAGGUUGCUGCUCCCAUUGCAGAUAAUAUGAGCCCACCAUAA